AUGGCUCCCCCUUGGCCGCCCAACGGGACGUCGUGGGGGGCUCCGUCGGGGGAAGGGGGCAACCGCUCGGGGGGGGCGUCGGGGGGCGGCGUGGGCGCGCAGUGGGCCCUGGGGGCGGCCUUCAGCCUGGCCGUGCUGGCCACGGCGGGGGGCAACCUGCUGGUCAUCGUGGCCAUCGCCCGGACGCCGCGCCUGCAGACCAUGACCAACGUCUUCGUCACCUCCCUGGCCUGCGCCGACCUCAUCAUGGGCCUGCUGGUGGUGCCCCCGGGGGCCGCCCUGGUGAUGAGCGGCCGCUGGCCCUACGGCACCACCGUCUGCGAGUUGUGGACCUCCCUGGACGUGCUGUGCGUCACGGCCAGCAUCGAGACCCUGUGCGCCAUCGCCGUGGACCGCUACCUGGCCAUCACGGCGCCGCUCCAGUACGAGGCGCUGGUCACCAAGGGACGGGCCCGGGGCGUGGUGUGCCUGGUGUGGGCCAUCUCCGCCUUCGUCUCCUUCCUGCCUAUCAUGAACCACUGGUGGCGCGACGGGGCCGACGCCGAGGCCCUGCGCUGUUACGAAGACCCCUACUGCUGCGACUUUGUCACCAACAUGCCCUACGCCAUCCUCUCCUCCAUCAUCUCCUUCUACGUGCCCCUCUUGGUCAUGAUCUUCGUCUACGCCAGGGUCUUUGCGGUGGCCACCCGGCAGCUCCAGCUCAUCGAGAGGGACAAGGGCCGGUUCGUCCAAGACUCCACCAAGGGCUCGCGCCGGAGGAGACCCUCGCGGCUGCUGUUGGCCAUCAAGGAGCACAAAGCCCUCAAGACCCUGGGCAUCAUUAUGGGCGUCUUCACCCUCUGCUGGCUGCCCUUCUUCGUGGCCAACAUCAUCAAGGUCUUUGCCAGGCCCCUUGUCCCCGACCAGCUCUUCCUCUUCUUCAACUGGCUGGGGUACGUCAACUCGGCCUUCAACCCCAUCAUCUACUGCCGCAGCCCGGACUUCAGGUGCACCUUCAAGAAGCUCCUGUGUUGCCUUCGCAGCGCCGAUCGCCGCCUCCACGCCGUCUCCAAGGACCUGCGCGGGUGCCCCUGCGCCUUCGGCCCCCGGGCCCUGCUGGAGAAGGAGACCAAGCCCUCGGCGGAGGGCGGAGAAGAGGAAGAAGAGGAUGGGGGUUCCAGCAGCAACAGCAGCCGCUCCAGCAGUAGGACAGCAGAAACCAACCUGUUGUGUGUCCUUGGCAAUGGGCACCACUGCCCGCAGCGGCCUCUCGGGGAAGCCCAGUUGCAGGGCACCCAGGUCACCUUGUGCCCGCAGCUGGAAGAGUAG